CAGUCAUGUAUGGGUUGAAUGUUGGAUGGAAUGAAGGAAACAAGGUGGAAUGGAAAACGGUAAGCUUGAAACGGUCCCUCCUGGGACUGUGCAUUUGGAUACAGUGAGAACGCUGCAUCAAACCGUAGUAUCUCUGAGAACUGCUCUCGAAAUAUCCAAGAAUGAACUGAAGGAAUUAAAAGAGAAGUAUCAAGAACAUUCACGCUGCAUAGAUUACACUGAUAUUAUAGAAAAACUUUCUCUAGAGAAUCACAUUCUGAGACGUAAAAUAAUAGAUUCAGGUGUUAACAGUGACCCUUACCAAAAUAUAAAUUUUGAGGUCUCUUUAAAUACUCCCAGAACAGGUCGCAUUGAUGAGUAUUGUGAUAGUGAAGUUAUAAUUAAAACUGCUUCGACUGAAAAAAAUAAAACAUUUGAAGACAUACAGUCCCCCUUUGAAGAACCAGCUGAAAGAUUAGAAGAAAUCCUUGAAGAAUCAAAGUCAGAGUCAAUUGUAUCAGAAAAAAUAAAUUCUCCUAAUGCAACAAGUAGUCCAGUUCAGAAUUUUGAAGAGCCGGAACCUGUUGGUGAAGUUCCUAUUUCCAAAGAUAAUCCUGACAUAAAUUGUCACAAUUUUAAAACUAGAUUAGAACUGCUAUCGAAAUUUGACGUAAAAAUUAAAGUAAGGACUAUUAAAGAAGGAAGUGUAAUAUCAAACACAACUUCAGACAGUGACUCUACUCUGGAAGAUAAAAAAGAGACGGUUCUUGAGAAAUCUGGUGAAACGAGAUCUAGUGUUCAGUUUGAAGAAAAAAGAGAACACUUUGAAAAAUUUAAAAAUCCUAAAGGCGAUACAAUAAAUUUUAAAUCUGCAUCAAGUGAGAAUAUCAAAAUGGCGGUACCCAAUGAAGCAGAGGUGAAAUCCAAAGCGGAUAAAUUUGACGUACAAGUACGUAUAACAUCCGAAGAGAAUCUGGUCGUCAAAGAAACUGCAGAGGGAACACGAAGGAAAGACACACUUAAUUUGGAUGUCGACAAUUUAAGUCUUCGCUCACUCUCCGACGGCGACAACUCGGUAUUUUCCGAAGGUGGAACAACGCCAAUAGAACAUAAUGCGACCUCUGAUGAGAAACAAGAUCAGGAAAACGCGAGCGGCAAUGAGUCAGAGGAAGUGGACGAUAUAGAACUUAUAUUCACGACGGAUGAGUCCAAGGACAUGAGCAAUUUGCAGGAAGACCUGGUUUCGAUUCGAGAGACAGAACAUUGGGCCCCAGCAUCUGCAUCCACAACCCAUUCGACACCUGUACUAAUCAAAUUCCAUACGUUAGACCCGGAUUUCCAAACAAGGAGGGAAUUACUUGAUGCCACAAAGGAGAACCAAGAGAAUAACCCUAAAAUAUCGGAGUCCUCCCUAAGAAUUAAAAGAGUAUCGCUUCCAAAUGAUAAGGAGAUCAGGCAUGUUGGUUUUACGGAAAAGGGGAGCCUAGAUUUGCCAAGUCGAGGUAUUCUUAAAAGCUGUGAUAAUAAAUCUGAUAACAUGCUAUACAGAAGAAGUCCUAACAAUAGUUCAAGAAGAUUAGACAGUGUUGAUAGUCUAACUGGAGAAUAUAAUUAUAAAGGGCUUAGUUUUGACAAUACAAAGUCCUCUAGUUUUGAACUUGGCUCUAGCUUAGAUGUUUUGCAUAGAGAGGAAAGUGUAGACAGUUUUCAUAAAACAAGAAUGGGUCACAGGUUUUCAGUGUUUGCGGAGACCGAUAUAUCAAAGUGUGGAAUUUCUGAGGACGACCUUGCUAGUAACUUGAAUGUGAGAAGGAAUACUUGUCCAAACCCCUUUGCAUACAGGCCUCUUGCCCGUUGCGUUCCUCGUACUGCUAACAAGCCCACAUCUCGGCCACGUCCCGUCAUAUACCAAGGGUACGGGCCUCGACGAGAGAGCGCCGCACAGACUGACGUAUCUGCCUUGCCCCCUCGUUGGACUUCAGAUGGAUACCUUGCUUAUAAGAUGACAUCAACUACGCCUACAGUGGUGCCAACAUUACCUCAGCGCACGGCAGCCACGCGACGGCUAACGGUUCCUGAUGCACGGCCAACGCCUUUACAACGACGCACCGAUGAGGCUCGAAGGGUCCUUCUCAGUGAUAUUGGUUUCACAUCCAUGGUACCUGAGCUGUCCCGUUCAGCCGAACCGCUGUGGACAUUACGCCGUGCUACUCCCGCACCAGUUCCUGAGACGCCACAUUCACCAUUAUCGCGGUACCGUUAUCGUUCGCCGUGUGUAAGCGUAGACCGGAGUAAUGACUGGUUUCAACAAAGCAAUGCAUCGUCUAAUAGAGGUGUACCAUGGCGAGGAUCAUUACCAGAUGUUCGCCGAGAUGACACCGAUCAGUUACUACAGGAAACAGAGGCUUUUCUGCGAAGGUCAAUCGACAACUUACAGACAUCUGAUUUUCAUGACGGUGGUGACGAUAGGACAGGACAUCCAUAUAUACCUGCUGAAGCUAGGCAAUUGCGCUUAGGACAUGCAGUCAAACUUAUCACGCCGCAGGGAAGACUCGCUGUAGGAAGAGUGAGGUACGUUGGCCUAGCGGGUGGUACGGCCGCUAAAAGUGGUGUCAUGAUUGGUGCAGAGUUUUCCAUGCUCCAAUACCCGGGCAUUCCCCGAAACGACGGCACUUACCAUGGAAGGAGAUAUUUCCUAACGCCACCACAACAUACUGCAUUGUUCGUGCCGUUUUCUAAAGUUGUAAUGGCAUGGGCCAAUUAAAAAUGAAUACUUUUUAAAGAUCCCGCGCG